GUGCAACACAAGAUAACCAACAACCAGUUCGUGUUGUUCCUGGUGAUUGUUUGUUUUCAGGGAUCAAAUCAGCACAAACAUCUCCCAACAAGCUUCUGGAACAUGCCAAUAUACGUGAGAAAUGCAUCGCACGAUGGCGGCAAGUUAGAAGAAUGGUGUAUCGUUGAGCUACAAGGAGACUUGGAGGUUCGAGGCGAGCGAAUAAUGGCCGGACAGUUCAUCGGGGAUCUACUGUACAACAAGUACGGCCAGCCGAUUCUCAUCAUCGGCCACCAUAUUCUGCAGGGCCGUUUGCAGAAGAUCGACAAACCGCUGCUGGUGGUGGAAAAGCAGGACAUCAGGGGCAGCGACGGUGACGACGAAACGAUGCUGGACAUCAGCCAGAUGGUGACGACGACGCAAGGUGACGAUGAGCACGAGCUGGACUCGACGGCCCAUUCGGUGACUUCGAACCGUACCGUCCUUGAUUCGACGGUGGCCAUCGAGCACAAGGUGGUGCCGAAGGUGGAGUACCGGGUGCGCGCGGUGGUUCGGAACAAGGUACUUUUUAAGGCGCGCCCCAAACCCAUCAUCGCCAAUGUGCCUAAAACGUUGUGACCUGUGCAGGUUUAUGUUUAAGUAUAAUAAAUUAUUAAUUUCUGGUUUACAA